AUGAUCCCAGUGCUCAUUCGGGGCGCAAAAAGUGUCAAGUUUGAUACCCAUGAAGACGACACUCUCCCACGCACACCCUCGCAGUUCCUCUGCUUGACGUUCGUUGACCAUCGCACGACAGGCAUGUCUGGUGCUUUUUCUACUGGCUGAGGUGCAUCUCACUAACGGCCACACGAGACGUGCCUGCUGGGAAAGAUGCGCCAUCUGGGUGUCCCGACUCUACGCGUGCCUGAUUCUGCCCACCCUAGCCAUUUUUUGGGCCGCGACUACUCCCGUCACCGCCAACCCUGAGGGGACCUUUUGCUACGAUCCUCACCAAGAGGACCCUUCUGAUGACGGCCAUUCCAGGAGGUCCAUCUCCGUGGGCAUCGCGAUCAAGAACUUGUUGCUGAUUGUCCAGGUGUGAUGAGCUCGAACGCUGAAAAACGGGCACGUAGAUGAAGAACGCUAUUGCCGCGCUACAGCAGGCGGUUCGCAAAGGGCGAGGGGGCCCGCUUACCUCUGAACUGGUUCGGGAAAAGAUCGGGAGAGAGCAUCACGUCUAAGAGAGCGAGAGGACUCUCCUCGUGCGCCCCGUCUUUCGCCCCUCCCACCACUAGAAAUCAAAGGCUACAUACUUCAUCGACACGCAAGAGAUGAGGCGUGUAGGCGGGAGAAUGACCAGGGACUUGCCUAUGGCGAGGACUCCGACUCACAACAGGGUUCUGCAACCUCUGACCCGCUCUCAUCUCUUGUACCGCGGCGUUCUAUGGAUUAGCUCCCGGCACUGUUGGUACAACGGUUUGACCGAUGGUGGUAGUGGUUCAAGGAAGCAACUUUGAACAUGUAAAAUGGCGGGAGCCUCCUCUCAAUACACCGUUUCUCUAAUUUUCGGAAAAUCAUGUUCAGCAAAGGAGCCUCCAGUCAUGAGCCUACACCGCCGUGUUGUGAUCCUGCUUUUGUUUGACACGGGCUGACUACUGUGGCAAGGACUGGUCGAAUAGUGACAUGUGGGCUCAGAGUAGAUGAGCCGGAAUCGCUUGCACAGUGUUGUGAGGUUGCGAUUGCAGAGGGCGUCCUCAUACGACCCCCGCCCAUCUACUGUAGCCCCCCACAGGGCGCUCCUUCCCAGCAUUUUGUCCCCAGUUUGGGGGACGGGGUAGUGUGUACAAGUGGAUCUGCGACACAUCAAUCAAUGUUACCGGUAUUCCCAUUGUUCUCCUUCUUUUUCCUUGCCAAUGCCCCCCCACAAGUUUGUGCUGCUCCUGGGCCUAUUUAUUAAGCCCAUGCUGGCGCUCCAAGGAAGCACCCCACAAGGAGGAGCGAGUUAUCGGAGAGUGAUCGGUCGGAGCAUUAUAUGCACCAUAUGCGUUGCCGCCGCGCACGUGAUCACCACGCUGCUUGUCGUGCUUGCUUUGCAGGGCGACUCCUAUGAAGCCGAUAAGGCUUUUCAAAUCAGGCACAUCGCGCUGGCGGUCAGACAAGUCGGUACACUCUGUCUCACAGAGGUGCGCAUUGAGCUUGAUCGACAGAAGGGUGUGCUACGUACGCCAACCUUACGGACGUUCGAGAAUAGGCCAUAGCAACAUGUAUCACCAGUCAGGAUUUAGUUACCGCACUUUCGAAUUAAUUAUGGGCGUGACUAGGUUUAGAGUAGAUUGUGUCGGCACAGAAGAUACUAUCGAGAAAUGCUGCAUGGGAUUUGCGACAUGAUAUUUUGUAGCACACGAAAACGUACGUACAUACACAACGUGAUAUUUGUUUCUUUGGGGCCGCGAUACCCGCGCACGUGACCCGCUUCUCGUCCCGUGGCGGCGUCGGUGACAAGCAUGUUAGUGUCGCCAAAGAAUGGAAAGACGGAGGAAUGGUCGCCAAACGGCUCUUUUGAGCGUACUGAAACGACAAUCACUGGCUAUUGUGACCUUUCUCCCCGCCCUCGUCGCCGUUCUCGUUGUUCCCUUUGGGUGGUGUGCCUGCUUUUCACGGUGCGCCUUCACAAAGAUUGCCCUCCCUCUAGGGUUCACCAGCUUUAUCAGCGACUGCAGGCGGGUGUGCGCUGAAAAGAGAUCGCAGGGGCAACAAGUGGAGGACUCCGCCGCUUUGGCCGGCGCUGCUCACCGAAGCGAUGAGACUCUUUCUGCCGAGAAGCUGCCACCGCAAGCACCAUAGGCGUUACUAUGCGCGUGAUUACAACUGAACUGUUGAGUUUCGCGCCGUGAGUUGUUGCUGCUAUGUUACUUCUUGUGUUGAUUGUUGACAUAUUUUACUCUGUGUAUCCGCAUUGAAAAAUGUCAAAUAUCCUACCGGUAGUAAAUCGGGAUAUAUCCCGGUCAUCCCUGGGGGGGAUGAUAUCGAACCAUCCCCGCUUUUCGGAUCGAGUUUUCACAUGCUUCCAUCUUGAACAAGGUUGUGGAAAACCGCCACAAUAUAUGUUUGGCCAACACCAUACUUACUCAUCGAUCAUAUCGAGGAAACGACACUAAAGUUCCGGCAUUCUAAAACGACACUAUAUUUCAGAGUUGUAGCGCGUUGUUGGUUUUGUUGUGCUCUCGAUUCUGCUAAAUAAUUUUUUGUUGUAAGACGACUUUUCGUCACUUGUCUUGUUGGGGGUGAGUGCGUCUUGCCGAGAGUCGCCCUGUGCAGUAGUAGAGAUCCUCGGACAAUUUGGGUGUUCACAUCGUGAUUGUCUCUGAUUUGGGAUGAGAUCGUGUG